AUGGCGAAGAACAUGAUGAGUGCCGAUUAUCGGAAAAUAGAUGUCGAUGCGCUUGACGAAGAGCGUUACAUCGAAGAAGAAGGACAAAAUGCGUACGAUACUGCGUCUUCCGGCCCGGAUGAGCGCAAUGUCCAAGCAAUGUUGUCGUCAUCACGUCUCGUAGAUGCGUUACACGCGGGUUUGGCGAACCCUCCACUUGCGGCAAAGGACCAGCAAGUGAAAGAUCGGUCAACGUUGCUUGUCGUGAAGGUGCUUCAAACGUUCAAAAACAGUGAGAUCGAGCCCGCCAUCAAGGCACUUUCCGCGGAUGAGGGUGAUAUUUUGAUGAAAUACAUUUACAAAGGCAUGGAGCUGAACCAGGACACGGCAGUCGCAACAUCAUUGUUGCUUUGGCACUCCCUGGUGAUAAACCAUUUCGGGCUCGGCACAAUCAUGCGUGUAUUCAGCGAGCGACAACGUUUG